AUGUCUCAAUACGCCUCGCUUACUGUUGCCCAAUUGAAGGAUGCCUUGAAGGAGAAAAACUUGCCCACCGACGGCAAAAAGGCCGAUUUGGUCGCGCGCUUAGAAGAGGCCGCCCCAGCAACAGAGGAGGCCGAGCCAAACACCCAAGAAAACGUCGAGGAACAGCAGCCACAGCAAGAAACCAGUGCACCUGCCGAAGCUGGUGCCGAGGCCGAAAUUGCAGAGGCCGAGGAUGAAAAACCAAACGGCUCCGAGGAGAAGAAGCCCGAAAAGAAGGUGUUGACUCCAGAAGAGAGAAAGGCGUUGGCCGUGGAUUUGUUGACCAAGAAAAUCAGACGGGCGGAGAAGUUCGGCGACGAGGCCAGUGCCACGGCCGCCAAACAAGAUAUGGCCCGUGUGGAGAAGUUUGGCGUGGAUCCCAGCACUGCUUUGGGGAAGGAGAUCGGUGCUCUAGACAGAGACAUGAACAGCGAGUUGGCCACGAGGAAGGCGCGCCGGAGUGAGAAGAAGGGGAACCGGGUGCAGAAAAAGUAG